GUCUAACUCAAUAGCAAAUAGUUGAUAAGAAUCAAUAUUUAGAGUGAUUUUGAACUGAAGGAAUGUAUGUAUGUUUCUUUGUAUAUGUAAAAGUAAAUUCAUCCUUCUUCCAAAUUUUAUAGCUUCUAUAGUUUCCAUCUUUCUUUUGAGUUAAAAGAUAAAAGUUUGAUUCAGGGGUAUCUUUUAUGAUAAAUGAAUGAUUUGGAAUGGCGUGCCAGCAGCUUCAAUUUUCCGAUCUUGGAUUGAAUCCAAUCUGCUCGAUCGUCCUUAUCCUUCCUUCCAUCAUAGGAUUUAUUCCAUUUUCAUGGCAUUUCCAAUAAUUGAAUUUUGUUCCAUGUUGAUCUCUUUACGUAAUUCCGCUGACAUGCAGCAGUGGAUCACAGUCAACAAACCUUCAGCGAUGCAAAUUCUAAACAAGUAGCCUUUUCUUUUCUUCAUUUGCAAUUUUUGGUUCGUAAAUCGAAUUAACUUGUUUAUCAUGGAUUGUUGCCCUAGAAUCGUACCCUCAUUCCUUUCCCUUUUUCAUCUCCUACUCUUGCUAUGCUCCCUGGUUUCAGCUUCACCACCAAUCCCUAAUUAUGGGUGUGAAAAAGUGUCUCUGGAUGUUUACUAUGAAUCUCUCUGUCCAGACAGUGUGAAAUUUAUAGUGGACAAUUUGAUUGAGUUGUUUGAAGGUGACCUCCUCUCCAUAGUUGAUCUCAGAUUCGUUCCUUACGGCAAUGCAAGGCUAGAUCGAAACAGUUCCAUCACUUGUCAGCAUGGGCCGAAUGAAUGUCUCCUGAACACUGUGGAAGCCUGCGCCAUUCAUGCCUGGCCUGAUCUGACAGGGGCCACAGGGCAUUUUCCUUUUAUUUACUGUGUUCAGACUGUGGUGUACGAGCGGAAGUAUACCCAAUGGAAGACUUGCUUCGAGAAAUUGGGAUUGAAUUCUAAGCCUGUUUAUGAUUGCUAUUCUUCUGGGCUUGGGAAAGAGCUUGAACUACAAUAUGCAGCUGAAACCAACAAUCUUCAGCCUCCUCAUAAAUACGUUCCUUGGGUUGUUGUUGAUGGACAACCACUUUAUGAGGACUAUGAAAACUUCGUCAGUUACAUCUGUGCAGCUUAUAAAGGUUUUUCGGUGCCAACAGCUUGUAGAGCUAAAUCCCUUAGUGACAUUUAACGAAGGAAGUUUUUCAAAAUAUGCUUUGGAGAAGAGGAUAAUGCUGUUGGGUUUACCUGCAAUGCAAUAAUGUUCAAAUCUGAUGUUGAACUAUAUGUUAACAAAUAAAGUUAGUAUUGAAGACUUUUGUGGCUUUGACAUCAACGUUAAUAGUCUUAUGUAUGUCUUCAGACUAUGAAGGGAGCAUUUAGACUGUGUCUUCAUGCCCUUUUUUCUUAUAUGUGUGUGUGUGUGUGUAUAAUCAUCAAAAGUUUAUAUCUUUUGCAAUUUGGAUAUGAAUUCUAAAUUAUGUGAAACAAA